GACUACACCCUCAUUAUCUGAUAAGAUAAGAAACUAAUAUAACAAAGAUUAUACAGUCAGAAACUAGUAUAUAACUAUCAAAUAUGGAGUUCCUUAAAGUGUUGCUGUUUAUGUUAGUAGUCUUGAUAUGUUAUUUAGAACAAACAGAUGCUACAAUGUGCUACAAAUGUGACCAUGUCGCACAUCCACGUGACUGUGAUAGAGUGGUUCAGUGUAAAGAAGGGGAGACGUGUCACGUGAUAAGUUAUGCACAACCAGAUGGACAUUUUUACUACGUUACGGGUUGCAUGGCCAAAGCGUCUUGUCCCGCUGGAGCAACUGGUUUUGGUAAACGUGAUAUAGCUUUCUGUAACAGAUGUUGUCAUGCUGAUUAUUGUAACAAGGAAUUGUGUGAUGGACCACCUCCAACGACACACGGACCUAGAUGUUUACAAUGCAGCACAGUGGAACAUCCGACACAUUGUGGGGCGGUUACAGAGUGUGCUAACGGACAGGUAUGCUUUACAAGAGAAAAGUACGUUUUUGGAGAGCUCAGGUACCAGCUAGGAUGUGCCGAUCAAGGUUGUACACCACAGACGUAUCGCAGUCUGGUAGAGAGACAAGCAAGUCAAUGCCAUAAAUGUUGUACAGGAGAAAAUUGUAACAGAGAUUUGUGUCUAAAUACAGGAUCUCCAUUAACAAAGGCCCCAGCAACUGUAGCCACUAAAAUACCGGUAACAGAACCUCAGACACAGCCACCAGUAACAGCUCCCCAGACACACGCUCACACACAUGCUCCUACAAAUACGCCAUCUAAUUCACAGACUACAUUUAUAUACAAUCUGAGGGGAUGUCAUUACAAAGGAAAGGUGUACCACAAGGGUGACACGUGGGACGAGGGCUGUGACUUUAGAUGCACGUGUAUUGAUGAUAGAUCUGGUAGAUACACGUGUCAGGAUAUAUGUCCAACAUACAUAAAUGUACCAAAAGAAUGUUCUAUGGUCCGUGCACCAGGAGAAUGUUGUUCACAUCCGGACUGUCAUGGCAUACACAUACAUUAUACAAACUCUACUUCCACCAACAGUACUGGCUUUACCGGCAUCAACGAGUGUUAUUAUAAGGGAAAUACAUAUAAACAGGACGAGAAAUGGAGGGACAGUUGUGAAUACGAGUGCACAUGUGUAGAGGCCAACAGAGGGUAUUAUAGGUGCUCCUCUUUAUGUUAUACAUGGAAUCUCCCCGACAAGUGUCACCUUGACCCUCCUGCAGCAGGAAAAUGUUGUAAAACCCCCAGUUGCCCGGGUGGGUACGUGAUCAAUUAUCCACAGGGAUAUGUUGCUAACUGAUACACCAUGUGUCCUUCUUUAUGUUUUUGUAACGCAAAUACAUGUUUGUAUUAAAAUAUAUAAAA